UUUUUUUUUUGCAAGUGCCUUGUGUGUUCUGUGAUUUGUGGUUUAAAAGCGCGAAAAUGAUGCGACCUCUGUUGACCGUUGCCCUUGUGCUAUUCGGCUUUUCAUCGGCCAUUUGGGCCGGUCGUCUUAGCCAGCGGUAUUUGCCCACUCCGCAGGCGAGUCAGCUGCACUACCACGGUGUCAGUGGCCAAGGACACGCUCGUCCUGGCGCAGGACAUUCAUUUGGCGGCGCCUCCAGUUUCCAGCGUCAGCAACAGCCCCAAAUUCCCAUCGUGAGGAGCGAUUAUAACAGCGACGCCAAUGGCAACUACAACUUCGGUUUUGACACUGGCAAUGGCAUUCACCGCGAUGAGACCGGUGAGUUCCGCGGCGGAUGGCCCCACGGAUCGCUGGGUGUCCAGGGAUCCUACUCAUACACUGGCGACGAUGGCAAGCAGUACACGGUGAACUAUACGGCUGAUAAGAACGGAUUCCAUGCCGAAGGUGCCCAUCUGCCCGUUUCUCCCGCGGUGCCCGCUGCUCCAGCUGGUCGCAGCUCUUAUGGCGCCGGAGGAUCUGGCUACCGCGGAUCGGCCUCAUCGCAUGUCCCUGCUCCUGCUCCUGCUCCUGCCACUCGCUAUCUGCCACCAGGAUAUCGCCAGCGCAGGCACUACUAAGUGAUAUAAUCAAUGGGAUGGACAGA